AUGGAUCCUGCGAGAGGGCGCACUUCUAUCAACCCUGGACCCUGCCAAGAACCAGGUCCUAUUUCGGCCACUCAGCCCACGGAACCCACCCCCGCCCCGAACUAUACUGAGAGUGUAGUUGCCGUCGCCUGCCUAGCGGGUCUUAUCGCUGCCCAGGAUCACCAGGACCACUACCGCCAGGCCCCGCUCCGGAUUGGCACCAAGGUUGAGGAACACAAACCGACCCCGGUGCCGAUUCUGAAGCAGAUCAACAGGCACAACGAGGAUGGCUCCUACACGUACGGCUACGAGGGUGCCGACGGGUCGUUCAAGAUCGAAACGAAGCUGGCCACCGGCGAGGUGAAGGGCAAGUACGGCUACGUGGACGAAACGGGCAAGGUGAAGGUGGUCGAGUACGGGGCGAACAAGUACGGUUUCCAGCCAUCCGGCGAGGGCAUCACGGUCCCGCCACCGACCCUGGUCGACGAGACCACGGGCAAGGACGAUCUGUUCGACGCGGACUCGGACGGCAACGUGCCGCAGGCCCCGCGACCACACCACAAGCUGCGCCCGUCGGCCGGUGGUGCGUCGAAGCCGCGCUUCCAGGAGGUGCUGUCGAAGCCCCAGCGUCCCGUCCAGUACUACGACUACGAUGACCAGCCUCAGCCCGCGGUCCACCACCAGCCCCAGCAGCCCCAGCAGCCGCAGCCCGCCCGGUAUCAGCCAGCGCCCGAGUACAUCCAGCGAUCCCAGUUCGGCCCGGCGGCCCAGUCCCACCUCGAGCAGGGUGGACAGGUGGCGCCGCCUCGCGCCCACAUCCCCAACGCGGUCCCCAUCGACGUGGUUUACUCGCCGAAGCAGCUUCCGGCUCGCCCCGACGCCGAGUAUCGGAACGUCGUCACCGGACCGCACACCUUCCCGGCGCCAGCGCCAGCGACCGAACAGCAGCACAUCCGCUACUCCCAGCCGUCCUUCGCACCCGCACCGCCCCAGCACGCGCCCAAGGCCGCGCCACAACCGGCCGUCUAUCAGCCGCGGCCGGCCCAGGGCCGGAGCACCAGCGUGCUGGACCAGCUGGCCAAAGACUACGCCCUGCCGCAAGGCGGCGCAGCGCCCCUGCACGACAUCACCUUCGGUUACUACUGAGAGCACAGCCAGCCAGUCGGCCAGCCAGCCAGCCGGCGAACCCACGACGCUGCCCAUUCCUAGUACAUCAGGACCUGCCUCCCUUCCUGCCCUCCAUCCUAGACCCCACGAACCAUCGGCACGCAUCACAACCA